CUCCAUAUAAACCAGGUAGAUCAAAUCUUACCCUACUCUUCUCUCACUCUCUCUCUGCAAGCAAGCAAACCCCACUUGGUCUCUCUCAAAAGGUUUUCGAUGAACAAUUUGCACCUUUGAGGUGGGAGAGUGAGCUAUAUGGAAAAGAGGGAAAUUAUUAAGAUGGAGGAGAAUUACAACAGCAUUGGAUCUUUAACAUUUGGUGAAGGAGGUGGUGGUUAUACUUUGUCAGGGAUGUUCGACUUGUGUGAAGCCGAAAAGAGCAGCUCUUUAGGGUUUAUGGAGCUGCUUGGUGUGCAGGACAUAAGUCCUUGUCUUUUUGAUUUUCCUCACACACUCACAGCAACAUCAUCAUCAUCCUCUACACUAUUAGUGCCUUCAGCGCCUACUAUUAUUCCUACUCCCGCUGCUAGAAAAGACAUCUCCGAGGCUUUGAAUCAACCCGCCACGCCUAACUCUUCGUCGAUUUCAUCGGCAUCAAGUGAGGCAAUCAAUGAGGAACAGACCAAAACUGAUAACCAGGACCAAGAUGAAGGAGAAGAAGAACAUGAGGACCACCAAAAGACCAAGAAACAGUUGAAAGCAAAGAAGACAAAUCAGAAGAGACAGAGAGAGCCGAGAUUCGCGUUCAUGACGAAGAGCGAGGUUGAUCAUCUGGAAGAUGGGUAUAGAUGGAGAAAGUACGGUCAAAAAGCUGUCAAGAACAGCCCCUUUCCUAGGAGCUACUAUCGUUGCACCAGCACGUCAUGUAAUGUGAAGAAGCGAGUAGAGAGAUCGUUCAGCGACCCAAGCGUGGUGGUCACCACAUAUGAAGGCCAGCAUACCCAUCCAAGCCCAGUCAUGGCUCGUCCAUCUCACGCAGCAGCUGCACUACCGCCGGCCUCCACCGCAUGUGCCACCACCAACUUUGCCAUGCCAAUGCCAACGCCCACUACUAUAUCUCACUAUCAUCAUCAUCAACAAAAUCAUCCCUUUCUCGAUAACUUAACACCUAGUUUUAAUUUUGGUUACCAAUGCUCUACUAAUAGUAAGACUAAUACUAUUCUCCAUGAGAGACGACUUUGCAACCUUGCUGGUCCUUCUUUGCUCGCAGAUCAUGGGCUUCUUCAAGACAUUAUCCCUUCCCACAUGCUAAAGCAAGAGUAGAGUAGAGAGAGAGAUAUAUGAUCAAAAAAUUAAAAAAAAAAAAGGAAAACAAAAAGUAUGUUAUUGCUACUUUAUAUAUAUGUAUGUAAUUUAGCUUACUGACUUUUGUUAGCGGUGCAGAUAUGCAAACUCCAUUACUGGUAUGUAAUUUUCUUCCUGACAGGUGGUGGUUUUUUUACCGGCUUCACUUUUUAUACCCAAACUCUCAUAAUGAUGAUAAUUAUCGCUAUUACCAUGGGUUUCUUUUAUACAAUGUA